AUGACCACGGAUAAGGACGCCGCUACCAUGGGGGUUAAUGAGGAACCAUUGCCUCCGAAUCCUGAUUCUCCUCGGGUGGAGGGCGAGGAUGAAGAUCAGCAGGAUGGUGUUCGAGUCGCAGAGGCAGUCACUUCUUCUUGGUCCAGGAAGUCUUUGAUGAUUGUAUAUGCCUCGAUGUGGUUGCUAUACUUUGUCAACGCUCUGAACAGCAGCUUGACUGCCAAUCUUUCGGCCUAUAUCACCAGUGAUUUCUCGGAGCACUCGCUGCUCACGGUGAUCAGUAUUGUGACCAGUGUAAUGGGCGCUGCUUGUGUGAUGCCAAUCGCAAAGGUGCUGAACUUGUGGGACCGAACGCUGGGAAUCUGUAUCAUGGUCUUGGUCGCAAUCAUGGGUCUCAUUAUGAUGGCCUGCUGCAACAACAUCGCAACUUACUGUGCUGCGCAGGCUUUCUACACGGUCGGAUUCACCGGUACAAUCUUCUCCAUCGAUGUUAUUACCUCGGAUACCUCCUCCCUCCGAGAUCGUGGUUUGGCGUACGCUUUCACCUCGUCGCCUUAUAUGAUCACCGCUUUUGCUGGAUCCCCCUUGUCCAACCAGUUCCACGAGACCAACUGGCGGUGGGCGUAUGGUACCAUCUGUAUUAUCCUUCCGAUCGUUGCGCUGCCGUUGGUCGUUACGUGGGAGUUGGCGAAGCGGAAGGCUGACAGGGAAGGUCGGCUGCAAUACAAGCCCCGUAGCACCCGGACAUGGGUGCAGAGUGUUUGGUUCUACAUUAUUGAAUUCGAUAUCAUCGGUAUUUUCCUCAUGGUCGGCGGUUUGAUCCUAUUCCUUACUUCCUUCAACAUUGCUGGCAACACCGAGGGAGAAUGGGAAUCACCCAAGAUCAUCGCAAUGAUGGUAGUCGGUUUCUGCGUGCUCGUCGCCUUCGUCGCUUACGAGCGCUGGGGUGCCCCAAAGCCAUUCAUCCCGUUCUCGCUCCUUUGCGAUCGUACCGUUAUCGGCGCGUGCCUUUUGGAUAUCACAUACCAGGUCUCUUACUACUGCUGGGCAAGCUACUUCACAUCCUUCCUCCAGGUGGUCUUCAACACCAGCCUUACUCAAGCCGGUUACAUCGCUGCUAUCUUCGAUUUCAUGGACCCUAUCUGGCUCCUCGGUUGUGGAUACCUGAUCCGAGUCACUGGUCGGUUUAAGUGGCUUCUCAUGUUUGCCGUGCCACUCUACCUCCUGGCUAGUGGACUGAUGAUUUACUUCCGCUCCCCGGGUCACAGUGUUGGAUACAUGUGCAUGUGCCAGAUCUUCCUGGCCGUCGGCGGUGGUACUAUGAUCUUGAUCGAACAAGUUGCCGUCCUUGCCGCUGCUAAGCACGAAGACUACGCUGCUAUGUUGGCCCUGCUGAGUGUCUUCGGUAACGUCGGCGGUGCCGUCGGCAGCAGUGUGUCUGGUGCUAUCUGGACCAACACGCUUCCCAAGAAAUUGCAGGAGCUGCUUCCUGCGGAGACUGUGGAUCAGUGGGCUGAGAUCUAUGAGUCGUUGGAUGUGCAGCUUAGCUAUCCCGUUGGAUCGCCUACUCGUAUUGCCAUUCAGAAUGCGUAUGCGUUCAGCCAGCGGAACAUGAUGAUUGCUGGAACUGCUGUUAUGGGUUUGUCUAUUGGCUGGGUGCUGAUGAUGCGGAACAUCAAGGUGAAGGAUAAUAAGGACGUUUCGAAGGUUCUGUUCUAA